AUGUUAAAAUUUUAAAGAAUCUGUCUAAGAUAAUUUAGUUAAAAAAAAAUAUUAACUGAUGAAUAAAUAAAAGAAGGUCUUAGACCCAUUUUAAUGAAAGAAGGCUACUUUGAAGAUGAAUAAUACUUAUAUUACAUUGAUCGAGAUAGUAGAAUCAGAAAAGUACCUAGGGAGUACUAAAAGAGAGAGUAUAUAACAUAUAUAUAUAUUUUCUUAGUGGUGUUUAUAGAAUCAAAUUUCUUGAACCUAUAUAUAGAUGGUGGAUACGCAGAUCGCCAGAUACUUAAUUUGCAAUUAUUCCUUAUUUUUUAUCUGCUGUCUUCUUUUCAAUUAUCUAUAAUGGAGCAAAUUUCAUUAUUGAAAGAGAAGAUCAAAUUGCAGAAAAGGCAAAAGUAGAUCCAAAUUUCAAUAAAGAAAACCUUGAAAAAUGGAGAAAUGAAAAGCAAAAGGAAAAAUGAAA